AUGAUUCCCCAAACUCUCUUCUUCCUGGCGGCGAUAGCCAGCACCGUCCUUGCUCAAGCAGACACCCCAACCGUCGAGUUUGACUGCUCCGACACACCUGAACUCUGCAACAACAUGUGCUGGGGCGCCUACUGUACCGACGACGGGUCAGGAGCCUUCGGAACAACGCUAACUUAUGACGCCCCGGACGCCGCAACCACGAACGCACGCUACAAAGAAGCUUGCCAAACCCCCAAAAACAGAUGCAGUGGCAAUGGGGAUUUGAACUCCUGCGAUGAAUACCCCUUCAAGCAGACAUCGGAUGCGGAUAUCGACGCCGCCGUGAGUCGCUGCGUUACCACCAACGCGCAGUCAAUCCAAGGCGGCAAACUAAGCACCCUGUUCCAAAGUCUCGAAAAAAACGACCAGUUCAUCGUCACAUUUGGCAACCCCUCCGACAGCCAAUACUGUUCCUACCCCCCCACCUGCACCAACACCGACGACCUCGAAUGGCAGAACGGCGGGCCCGCCCCGUCCCCCGAGAAACCGCCAACCAGAAAGUGA